CCUGAUAACUUCAGAUUGGAAAACACUGUUCUAAGUCUACACCAGCACCAGCUGUAAUGUCCUGGCAGUCACCUCGCAGCACGAAAGAGUUAACUGCUUUACCUCUUCCACGCAGGUCAUCGGGGGAGUGUCUUCGUCUGUGAAUUUUACCAUCUGAUUGGCUACUCUUCCCAUCCAUCACAAGCCCCUCCUCCCUUUUCCUAUUGGUCCGUUCCUUAUCUCCUCCUUUCUUUCGCUUCCACAGUGAUGCCCGCCCACUCGGCCCAGUCAUUGGUUGACUGUGACAGAAUGGACGCCUGUGAUUGGUUGCCCUCGCUGUCAGUCAGCCGCGGCGUCAGGUGGCUGCUGGGGCUGCCCGCGUCUAGCAGUCUGUGCUUGCUAUGACUGGUCGGACUGGCGGAUUAGAGCCGUGCGGUGUGGAUUGUUCUCUUUGCGACCUCGGUGGUCAGCUUCUUUGCCGUUGUCGCCGUCCUCCGCUCCUGUCGUGGAGCUGUCACUUCCUGUGAACAACGCCAUCCUGGGGAGGAGAGCAGCCGGGAUACCUGUGUGUGUGACUGUCAAAGGGAUGGUGUGGCCGGUGUAGCCUCCCAUUGAGCUCUCAGUCGUCUGCUGUGCCCUCAGCGCUCACCUUGCCUCCCCCCUUCUCACCCCAUAGGUGGUACGUGCCAGUUGUCGGCGCGUGCUGCCGGCCUGAGCAGCUGUCACUUCCUUCCGCAGUGCUUCUUGGUGCCGGACUCCACUGGGUGGUAGCAGGCUGCAGCGUCCCCCGGGCACCCCUAUAUGUGUAUAGCAGAGGGGUGGCCUGUAGGUGCCCCAGGGCUGGUGGGAUCUCUGUGCCAGGCUAGAGGAGGAUGUGGGAUGGAAGGACCAGGCUGUCAUUUACUUCCUAUUCCUUGUAGUCCGUGGCUCCUCACACCAGAAGGCUGGAGGGAGAGGUCAGUGCAGCUCAUCUAAGGAGAACUAUGGAGUUCUAGUAGUUAUCAGGGGAGUCACCGUCUCUGGGGGGUGGGUGGGGUGGGCAGCUUAGAUCCCUGCUACAAGUUUGGCGACUUUGGCUUUGGCAAUCAAUGCGACAGGCGACGCUUUGGUGUAGGAUGAAAUAUCCCUCCUGUAUGGCCCAGUGACAGGAGGACCUGUCAAGUCAUCACCACCCAAGGGCAUUUCUGUGAAUGUCUCUCUGCAGUACCCCGGCCAAUGCAAAAAUGAUGGCGGCGUACAAUGGGGGUACGUCUGCGGCGGCUGGGGGGCACCACCACCACCAUCAUCACCACCUGGCCCACUUGCCCCCUCCUCACUUGCAUCAUCACCAUCAUCUUCAUCCCCAGCAUCAUCUGCACCCAGGGUCAGCUGCUGCUGUGCAUCCUGUGCAGCAACAUGUGGCCUCUUCCUCUGCUUCCUCCUCAUCCUCAGCUGCGGCAGCAGCCGCUGCCGCCGCGGCAGCUGCUGCCAUGCUUAAUCCUGGCCAGGCCCAGCCAUACUUCCCAUCUCCGGCUCCUGGACAAGCCCCUGGACCAGCAGCGGCGGUGGCACCUGCCCAGGUACAGGCGGCGGCAGUGAAGGCUCAUCAUCAUCAGCACGCUCAUCACGCACAACAACUGGAUAUUGAACCUGACCGACCCAUUGGCUAUGGAGCUUUCGGUGUAGUUUGGUCUGUAACAGAUCCUCGGGAUGGAAAGAGAGUUGCUCUCAAAAAGAUGCCCAACGUCUUCCAGAAUCUAGUCUCUUGCAAAAGGGUCUUCCGAGAAUUGAAGAUGUUGUGUUUUUUUAAGCAUGAUAACGUCCUCUCUGCACUUGAUAUUCUCCAGCCGCCUCACAUCGAUUAUUUUGAAGAAAUAUACGUUGUCACAGAAUUAAUGCAGAGUGACCUCCAUAAGAUCAUCGUCUCUCCUCAGCCGCUCAGCUCGGAUCAUGUCAAGGUUUUUUUGUAUCAGAUUUUGAGAGGUCUGAAGUAUUUACAUUCAGCUGGCAUUUUACAUAGAGACAUUAAACCAGGGAAUCUACUUGUGAAUAGCAACUGUGUGCUCAAGAUUUGUGACUUUGGAUUGGCAAGAGUAGAAGAACUUGAUGAAUCUCGACACAUGACUCAGGAAGUUGUCACUCAGUAUUACCGGGCUCCUGAAAUCCUAAUGGGGAGUCGUCAUUACACUAACGCUAUAGACAUCUGGUCUGUAGGUUGCAUCUUUGCAGAGCUGCUUGGGCGAAGAAUAUUAUUUCAGGCGCAGAGUCCAAUACAGCAGUUGGACUUAAUCACAGAUUUGUUGGGAACACCAUCACUUGAAGCAAUGAGGACAGCUUGUGAAGGCGCCAAGGCACAUAUACUCAGGGGUCCUCAUAAACAGCCAUCUCUUCCUGUCUUGUAUACACUAUCCAGCCAGGCCACUCACGAAGCUGUUCAUCUGCUUUGCAGAAUGUUAGUCUUUGAUCCAUCCAAACGGAUAUCUGCUAAAGAUGCAUUGGCUCACCCCUACCUGGAUGAAGGGCGUCUGCGGUAUCACACCUGCAUGUGCAAAUGCUGUUUCUCCACCUCUACGGGCAGGGUGUAUACCAGUGACUUUGAGCCAAUCACAAAUCCAAAAUUUGAUGACACUUUUGAAAAGAACCUUAGUUCUGUACGGCAGGUGAAAGAAAUCAUCCAUCAGUUCAUUUUGGAGCAGCAAAAAGGGAACAGAGUGCCGCUGUGCAUCAACCCUCAAUCUGCUGCUUUUAAAAGCUUUAUAAGCAAUUAUAGGAAGAAUACAAACCUUUUCUGGAGACCAAUCAUGAAGUACUUCCUAACAAAAAAAAAUAAACAGGAGCAGACCACAGGAUGGCGACGUUACCCGGUGUUCAGUCUCCGUCACUUGAUGGCUUCUUUGCAGCACUGUGCUAGAGGAGCGUUGUUGCUAUUUUGAUAUAGUGAAGACAGAAGGUUUGUGGUUGGAGUGCAUCUGUGACUAGAGGGAAUGGAACACUUGAGUUCCUUCCCUCCGUAUAAAUAUAUAAAAUUUAUAUUUAAUCUAUUUUUCUUAGACUUCCUUUUUUCGUACCUUUUCAGUCAUGGGCAUGCGUCAUUAUUCAGCUGUGUAAAUAAUUCCAUUCAUGGGCUUCUUUGCAAAGGUCCUUUUCACGUCCUGCUGUACAAAGGUGCGCUAGCUGGCACAUUUUAUUUUAUUUUUUGUGAAUUUUAUGAAUACCGUAUUUUUUUCCUUGCACUGGACAGUUCCAACAGGACAGACGAAAAUCAGGCUAGAAGUGAACAUAGGGAGUAUCUCUAAUCGUAUAUGUGUUACUUAGGGAAGAACCAUUGUGGAUGUGUUGAAUUGUCACAGUAGAAUUUUUUUUCUUUUUCGUCCCUUUUUUCUUUUUUUCUUUCUUUUUUUUUUUUUUUUUUU